UCUUUUGGAAACGCAUCAACUUCUCAAACCUCAUAGCUACCUCUUCUGUUCUUUUUGUGUGUGUGUGUGUGUGUGUGUGUGUUUCUCUUUACUAAACACUAAACAUUAUGCCUCCUCCCAUGAUGCCGGAUUUCUCUAACUCUGUGAAGCUUAAGUAUGUCAAACUUGGGUAUCAAUACCUUGUUAACCACAUUAUCACCCUCACUCUUGUACCCAUCAUGCUUUGUGUCUUCAUUGAGGUACUACGCUUAGGCCCUGAUGAAAUCCUCAACCUCUGGAGGUCUCUUCACUUCGAUCUUGUUCAAAUCCUCUCUUCUGCUUUCCUUAUCAUCUUCAUAGCCACCGUUUUCUUCAUGUCAAAGCCACGCACAAUAUACCUCGUUGACUACGCUUGCUUCAAGCCACCAGUCACUUGCCGUGUCCCUUUUGCUACCUUCAUGGAACACUCGAGGCUCAUCCUCAAGAACAACCCAAAGAGUGUCGAGUUCCAAAUGAGGAUUCUCGAGCGAUCUGGUCUUGGAGAAGAGACUUGUUUGCCUCCUGCAAUUCAUUAUAUCCCACCCAAACCAACCAUGGAAGCUUCUAGAGGCGAGGCCGAGCUUGUCAUCUUCUCUGCCAUGGAUUCUUUGUUCGAGAAAACUGGUCUCAAGCCUAAGGAUAUUGACAUUCUUAUAGUGAAUUGUAGCUUGUUCUCUCCAACGCCUUCUUUGUCUGCUAUGGUGAUAAACAAGUACAAGCUGAGAAGCAACAUUAAGAGUUUCAAUCUCUCUGGGAUGGGUUGCAGUGCAGGGCUUAUCUCCAUUGACCUAGCACGUGAUCUUCUUCAAGUUCAUCCCAAUUCCAAUGCUGUGAUUGUGAGCACAGAGAUUAUCACACCCAACUAUUACCAAGGGAAAGAGAGACCCAUGCUUCUUCCAAAUUGUUUGUUCAGAAUGGGUGGUGCUGCUAUACUCUUAUCAAACCGAAGGUCUGAACGUAGAAGAGCAAAGUACAGAUUGGUCCAUGUGGUUCGAACACACAAAGGAGCUGAUGACAAAGCAUAUCGUUGUGUGUUUGAAGAAGAAGACAGAGAAGGGAAGGUUGGGAUUUCACUUUCAAAGGACCUCAUGGCCAUUGCAGGAGAGGCUCUCAAAUCCAAUAUAACUACAAUGGGUCCUCUUGUUCUUCCAGCUUCAGAACAGUUACUCUUCCUUAUUACUCUCAUUGGAAGGAAAAUCUUCAACCCAAAAUGGAAACCAUAUAUCCCUGACUUCAAACAAGCCUUUGAGCAUUUCUGCAUCCACGCUGGUGGCCGUGCUGUCAUUGAUGAAUUGCAGAAGAAUCUUCAGCUCUCUGCAGAGCACGUUGAGGCCUCAAGGAUGACCCUUCACCGCUUUGGGAACACAUCAUCUUCUUCACUUUGGUAUGAACUCAACUACAUUGAAUCAAAGGGAAGGAUGAAGAAAGGAAACAGAGUAUGGCAGAUAGCAUUUGGGAGUGGUUUUAAAUGCAACAGUGCUGUGUGGAAGUGCAACAGAACCAUUAAGACUCCAAUUGAUGGGCCUUGGGCAGAUUGCAUUGAUCGCUACCCGGUUCAUAUUCCUGAGAUCGUUAAGCUCUAGGCUCUUGCUUGGAAGAACAAGAAGAAGAAGAAGAAGAAGAAGGAACAAACAAAUUGGUUACUUUGGUUUCAGUUACCUGCUAAAAUAGAUGAGUAAUCGUGAACCUUCUCUCUGUUAUAGCCCUACCAUAAUUCUCACUUGUCAGUCAUAUUGGUUAUCCCACUUUUUUUUUUAAUAUAUAUAUAUAUAUAUAUAUAUAUAUAUAUUUGUAUUUUUAUUUUUAUUUUUUUCAUUUUCCAAACUAUUACAUGGCCUUCUUGUGAAUUUUCCUAGAAAUCCCCAAUGGGGAUUCUAUGUAUUCACCAAUGUGGAUCAUGUAAGGGAAAUACAAUUCCAAUUUCUACUUUAUAUUUGCUGCUUGUACUUGGAAGCUUGUAAUUAGGACUUGAAAUGUAAGAAAUACUUCGGUAUCAGGGAGGAAGUUUAAUAAGCAUUCUCCGAAAUGUAAGGAAGGAGCAGUGAGAUUUUCAGGUUGUGCAGAAUGUUACAUAAAACCGAUGAUAAUAAGUAAUUAUCUUCUGAUUGUGCACUGAAAUAAUUGCGACUGCUAUUGAUU